CUUUGGCCUUCGGAUAGCAGUAGUGCUGCGUGUCUCCGUCUUGACGGCGAAGAAGAAUUGUUGGGUGAACGCGAGUUGCUAAGUCACUAGACGUAAACAAAUGUAAACUAUUUGUUCGUCAUUUGCACGGCAACAAGAAGGAAAAAGCUCGAUUUGGUGAUGGUUAUUCUGCACGUCAAACGCGGGGACGAGAGCCACUUCCUGUUUAGCACCGGCGUCCACGAGCCCGUCGACGUGCUCGUGCGCGACAUCACGAACAUUUACAACGGGAGGCUGAAAGUCGACCGACUAUGUGCAGAGAUGGCCGAGCUGGCCGAGCACGGCGUCACACUGCCGCCCAACAUGCAAGGCUUGACGGACGAGCAGCUGGUGGACCUGAAGCUGAAGGACGAGUGGGAGGACAAAUGCGUGCCCAGCGGGGGGGCCGUCUUCAAGAAGGACGAUGUGGGCCGGCGCAACGGACACGCUCCCGAUGAGAAAAUGAAAGCCAUCCUGCUGAAAACGGCGGACGAGGCGAAGGCCCUCAUCUCCAAAAAACAAGCGGAGGCCGGCGUGUGCGUCACCAUGGCGAUGGUGAACGAGGCCCUCGCCCAGCUGCGGGGGGCCGUCAUGAUCGUGUACCCCAUGGGGCUGCCGCCUCACGACCCCGUCCGCAUGGAGCUGGAAGACCGCGAGGACCUGUCGGGGAUGCAGGCGUCACUUCAAGUGCUGGAGGAGUCAGAGUGCCAACUGUGGUGGGCGGCCAAGGAGUUGCAGAGGGGCAAGAAGUUGCAGGACUAUAUCGGCAAGAACGAAAAGACCAAGCUGGUGGUCAAGAUCCAGAAGAAAGGACAGGGGGCGCCGGCGAGGGAGCCUCUGGUCACCAAUGAGCAGCACAAGCAGAUGAUGAUGCAUUACUACAGGAGGCAGGAGGAGCUCAAGAAAUUAGACGAGGCCGACGACGACAGCUACAUGGACUCGGAAUGGUCGGACCGGCAGGCCCUCAAAAGACAAUUUCAAGGCCUGAGCAACAUCAAAUGGGGACCCAGGUAACGACCGGCGCGGCGUCUCCUCGACGAAGCCGCAUUCUUUCGGCACGGACGACAUCGGCCCAUACGCCUCACGUUUAAUAAACUGCUAAUAUUUUGCUCCA